AUGGAGAGAACCACGGUGCUGAUCACGGGCUGCUCCUCGGGCAUCGGCCUGGGGCUGGCCGCGCGUCUGGCGGCCGAUGGCAGGUUCAAAGUGUACGCCACCAUGCGUGACCUGGCCAAGGGCAAGCGGCUGCUGGAGCGGCUGGGGGGCUGCUGCCCCGACACGCUGGAGGUCCUGCAGCUGGAUGUCACCGACCUGCGCUCGGUGGCGGCUGCCGCGCAGCGGGUACAGGAGCAGCGGCUGGACGUGCUGGUCUGCAACGCGGGGGUGGGACUGAUGGGCCCCCUGGAGACCUGCUCCGAACAAGCCAUGAAGACCCUCUUUGAGGUCAACCUCUUCGGGGCCAUCCGCACCAUCCAGGCCUUCCUGCCCGCCAUGAAACGCCGCAGGGCCGGGCGCAUCCUCGUCUCCAGCAGCAUCGGGGGGCUGCAAGGGCUGCCCUUCAACGCCGUGUACUGCGCCAGCAAGUUUGCAGUGGAGGGGCUGUGUGAGAGCCUGGCCGUCGUCCUGCGCCCCUUCAACAUCCACCUGACGCUGGUGGAGUGUGGACCCGUCAACACCAGCUUCCUGGCCAACCUGCGGCGCCCGGACCCCAAUGGCAGCGAGAUGCAGGGCCUGGACGCCGAGACGCGGGGUCUCUACCGCCGGUUCCUGCAGCACUGCCAGGGCCUCUUCCGCGACAAGGCCCAGGAGGUGGAGGAUGUCCUGCAGGCGUUCCUGGAGGCCAUGGGCACCCCCUGCCCUCCCCUGCGCCGUCUCACCACCCAGCUCUUCACCCCGCUCUUGCGCCUGAGGCUGAGCAGCCCCGACGGCUCCGCGUACGUCCAGGCCAUGCACGACUUCGUGUUCGGCGGCGGCCAGGCCGGUGGGGACCAGCCCUGA